AUGCUGGAUGAAAUCGAGGAAAACAAUGCCGAGGAUCCUGUAUGUAUUGACCGACAGGGGCACGACUCCGAUGUUGAUGAUAAGGAUGACACGGUGAGCACUAGCACCGCAACGUCUCAUAGCAGUUCGGGCCUUAAUAAAUUCCCUCGAAAGAGUAAGACAACAAAAAUUAAAAUUUCAAACGGUCUAACACAUCUCCAACUUUCCAGUUGUCAUCUGCGAGAGGAUCACGGACAACCAUUAUUCGGUGUACAGUUCAAUCAUCAUUUAUGGCAACAGGCAAUAUUUGCAUCGGUUGGAAAGGAUCGAAUAUCCAUUUAUGAGUGCACGGAACCGCCUGAAGAUGGCAGUGGCGGGGUAAAAUUGUUGCAAUGCUACGCUGAUCCCGAUCCAGAUGAAAACUUUUACACUUGUGCCUGGUCCUACGAUGUGGAGACAUCUGAGCCAAUUUUAGCCGCAGCCGGAUAUCGCGGAGUUAUACGUCUUUUCAACAUUUCAAAAAAUAUGAGCAACAAACACUUCAUUGGCCACGGGCAUGCAAUAAAUGAAUUGAAGUUCCAUCCAAAACUUCCAUACAUUUUGUUAUCUGGCAGUAAAGACCAUUCGUUGCGUUUAUGGAAUGUUAGUUCAGAUGUGUGUGUAGCCAUCUUCGGCGGUGUUGAAGGCCAUCGUGAUGAAGUUUUGUCUUUGGAUUUUGACAUUAAGGGGGAUCGAAUUAUGUCGAGUGGAAUGGAUCACUCACUUAAAUUGUGGUGUCUUAAUAAGCCAUCCAUUCAUGAGGCUCUACAGAGCAGUUGUCAUUACAAUGUGAACAAGAAUGCGGCACCAUAUCCAACAAUUAAAGAACACUUUCCUGAUUUUUCCACCAGAGAUAUUCACCGCAACUACGUCGAUUGUGUUGUCUGGUUUGGAGACUUUGUCCUGUCGAAAUCCUGUGAAAAUUCCAUAAUUUGUUGGAAGCCAGGCAAAUUAGAUCAAAAAGAAGUCCGGCCUCAGGAAACUGCUACUAGCAUUAUACACCAUUUUGAUUACAAAGAGUGUGAAAUUUGGUUUGUUCGAUUUGCAUUUAAUCUAUGGCACAAAAUGCUAGCUUUGGGGAAUCAGCAGGGUAAAACAUAUGUUUGGGAAUUGGAUGCAUCUGACCCAAAUGCAACAAAGUGCAGUACCUUAUUACAUCCAAAAUGUACUUCUGCAAUAAGGCAAACUACUUUUUCCAAGGAUGCAUCAAUUUUGGUUUGUGUUUGUGACGAUGGAACAAUAUGGCGUUGGGAUAGACUUUAAGGUCUUAAUU